CCACGCCCUUUAAAGAUUUUGCUGGUGAGCGAAAUUACAAUGACGAAUUUGAACCGCGAAGCAAAUAUUGAGGGUAUUGCGCUAGUUGUCCCAAAUGACGUCGAGCUAGUCCCUGUCCCCAGCCGAGGCAGUAAACAAGAUGAUCCAUUUCUUGUUGUUUUCGCAGAGCCGUAUGAUGCAGAAAACCCGAAAGACUGGCGUACUGGUCAUAAAUGGGCCAUCACAGAUGUGCUUUCUGCAACGGGGUUUAAUCGCAUCAUGGUGUCGACCAUCAUGGCGCCAGCCUUAUCAACAAUCGCUAAGGAAUUCGGUAUGAGUUCGACAGAGUCGGCCAUGGCCCUUUCCAUCUAUCUACUAGCAACGGCAUUAGGCCCCUUGGUGAUUGGUCCGCUAUCUGAAGUAUACGGUCGCCAGCCGAUUCUGCAUGCGUCGAACGUGUGGUUUCUGGUCUGGAAUAUCGCUUGUGGAUUCGCCACUAGCAAGGAGAUGCUGAUUGCGUCGCGCUUUCUGGCGGGCUUCGGAGCAAGCGCUAUCUACGCCUUGGCUAAUGGGGUUUUGAGUGAUGUCUGGCGACCCGAACAACGAGGCCGCUCUCUUGGUGUAUAUCUGCUAAUUCCUUUACUCGGUGCGGCAGUUGGGCCAAUAAUCGGUGGCUUCAUGGCUGACCGCACCACUUGGCGGUGGAUGUUCUGGGCGACAUCUAUUUUCCAGGCCGCGAUGAUAUUGGUUGCAUUCUCUGUUUUCCAAGAAACCUACGCGCCCCUGAUUCUUCAACGCCGAGCUGAAAGGAUCAGACGGGAAACCGGCGAUUCAAGGUAUUACACACUAAAUGAGCGUCUGCAAGCGAACAAGUCGCCAGCGAGAGUGCUUGGACAGGCUCUCAUUCGGCCCUUAUGCCUUCUUGUCCUCAAUCCCAUUAUGCAAAUCGCUUCAAUAAUCUCCGCAUUCUACUAUGGCAUUCUUUAUAUUGUACUGUCGACAUUUUCCGAUCUUUGGACUACCCAGUACCACCAGUCUAUUCAGAUCAGCGGUCUACACUAUAUUGCCGUCGCACUAGGGGAGAUUGCGGGCAGCCAGAUUUGUGCCAAACUCAUGGACUGCCUGUAUCACCGACUCAAAGCCAGGAGAAGGGACGGGGACCACACUCCCGAGCUGCGCACGCCCUGCAUCUUUCCAGGCGCUCUCCUAGGGCCUAUCGGAUUGUUUCUUUAUGGUUGGGCCGCUCAGUAUCGGCUUCACUGGGCCAUUGUAGACAUCGGAGUUUUUAUCACCAUGCUUGGUAUGCAGAUCACCGGCAUGCCACUUCAGGCGUACGUGAUGGAGGCAUUUCCAGAGCAUACGGGAAGUGCUGGUGCUGCCUCGCAGUUCUUGCGCAGCAUGACUGCUUUUUUGUUCCCCCUUUUUGCACCGCACAUGUACCGGGUUCUAGGCUACGGGUGGGGAAAUAGUACCAUCGCGUUCAUUGGUCUAUUUGUGGGGUUACCAGCUCCCUUGGUGAUUUGGGUAUAUGGUGAAAAGCUAAGAGCGCGGGCAAAAACAAGCUUUCGAGUAUGA